CAAACCGCAGGAGUACAAGGCUCGACUGGAGAAACGUCAUGAGGCCAAGAAGGAGGUGCUCGGACACUCGAAGCAGGCAGAGUUCGUCAGGCUCAUGGAGCAGGAGUUGGAGAACAAGGACAAGAUGGCUGCCGACGGAGCCUCAGGAGGUUUCACCAAGAACAAGACUCUGAGCUCCAUCCUCAACAUGGAGAAGAUUCAGGGGAUGACGGGUGAGGAGAUCACGGAGCUCUGGAUGACAUUUUAUUCGAUGCAGGAGACGAUCAGCGCCGUCAUCCCGACACAGAUCUAUGAGAUGAUACUCGACAGGUCGUCCUCUUGUCCGAUGUUCCUCUACGCUCUUCCUCAGAACGAGGGUUACGAGUUCUUCCUGGGUCAGUGGUCCGGACACGAGCUGCACUUCACCUCCCUCAUCAACGUCCAGACGAUGGGUGAGAACGCUCCCAGUCAGCUGAUCCUCUACCACUACCCAGACCUGAAGGAGGAGAAGGGUGUGGUCCUCAUGACGGCGGAGAUGGACCCCAAGUUCAUCACCGUCCACCAGGCCCAGUGCUUGGCCAAUCAGGUGCAGCUGUUCUACGGCACACAGCGGCAGGAGACGUUCCGAUUGGUGGAGACGUUCAACCACAAACCUGCAGACUUCAAACACAUGUUGGUGAUAGCGGAGCUGGAGCAGAGCGGCCUCGGCCCGGCGGUCACCACAGAAGGCUCGUAGAGACGGACAGAGGUCACAGUCGGAGAUUCUGCUCGUCUGCUCUCCAGGAACUGACGGUUUUUGUUUUAAAAGAGUCUCGACGUUCUCCGCUUGGAUAAACUCCAACCAAUCACAGCCCUCCAUGCUGUCGCUGUGGUUCAGGGAGAAAAGUUCUUCUCGUGAACUGUGAACUCUGUCUGGGACUCAGAUUGUUUCGUUGUGUUUCCACAGGAGAAUAAUGUGGUAGUUGAUCGGUUCAGUAAUAGAAUAACACUGUGUGAUACUCUCCAUGUUAGCAGACUGGACCAGAGAGACUUUGUUCAUCCAGAAAACCUUAACAACAUUUAAUGAAUCCUCUCCAAACCCAAAGUAAAGCUGAAAUAAAUUAUUCUUAAUAUUCUGA